AUGGCGCACGAAGAGCACAACAUCAACUGGGACAUCCUAGCUGCUAACCUGAUCCAUCGCUCUCCCUCAUACCCCGCGGCAGACCUAGCCUCCAAUCUGUACUUUCGGUUCAAACCUACGCAAGGGCAGGAAAUCGGCUCCUUCAUCGAGUCCUUCGUAAGGACUCUCGAAAAGCAUACUCAGGACGAGCGCCAAAGGUACCCAGAGCGAUACUCACCCUUCACGCCGGACGAGCUGAUCCUGAACGACCACGUGGCGGAGCAAAUCCGCCCCCUCGCCCACCGAUGGUGCAAGGCCUACAGCUGGCCGCUGAAGGAUAAGAUCCAGAAGACAGAAGGGCUAUGCCGACAUGUCAACAGCGCGAGCUUUGCCUGUGGGUGUCCCCUACCCUACCACGAACGGAAAGGAGCCGCUUUCCAGCGGUCAUAUAGUUACGACAGUUGCUACACUUUUUUUACCGAAAAUGCUGAGGCGUUCUACAAUUUGCAGGUGCUGAACGCGCUUCUUGUUCUGGGGGAGAUGGAUACCGUGCUGCGACUGUGCGCGACUCCAGAUAACAAUCUGCAGAAAUCGAUGCUUAGCCCAGAUCUUGGCUGGGACCAAGUCUUCGAGGCCGCUCUAAACAUCUACCUCCUUCUCAACAUCCUUUACUGCUUUCCCGAGCUCCGGGACCCAGCGUCCCGGCAAGCCCGAAACAAGAAACGGUCCGAUGAGUACCGCGCCACGCGGAUGUAUCAGCAGACUGUCAAAACCUGGACUCACGACGAGUCGGAAAGCGAGGUCGCCCGCCACCCUCACCGGCAAUUUUUCGGCCUGGAGGGCCAUUUUGGCUACGUGCUACACGUCUCGCGCGGUUGGGACCGGCCUGUCCUUGCACAACUGCGCGAGAAGAUGGCAAAGAGCAGCUGGGGGCUCGAGUCCACGCCAGAACAGAUCUCGGUGCUCUCCGUAGACGACGAAAGUUUCCCCUACGGCAAACUGCCUUUCGAGGAGUUCUUGGCUUGCGGGAAGGGGAGGGCCGCCGGCGGCCAGCAUCAGACCCGAAGCGCAGUCGACGUGGCGCGGGUUGAAGCGUAUCUUCGGGCGGCAGGGUUGCCGCAGGAGCUGGUUCUGCAGAUCACGGCCUGCACAGAGUAUGAUCGAUCGCGUUUGGGGCUCCCGGUGCCGCAUGAUCCACUUCAUCGACGGAACCGGAGGCAGCUACGGCGGCAUUUGGACUACUGCUGGCGGAUCUUGGUUCACUGCAAUAUGCUGGCGUGGGAAGUGGGCACCAAGAUCGACUGGGAGUACCGGGUGGUCGAGGCGCUGGACCGCAUGGUGUCGAGUCCGGUGGGGAUGAAGCUAUGUGAACGCGAGUGGCACGAGUCAGGUGGAUUUAUUCAGACGACGCUGAGAGGAGGGAAUGGUGAACUUCCAUACAGUAUCCCGGACUAG